AAAAAAAUAAUAAGUAUAAUAUAUAAAUUAAUUGAUGACCUAACAAGUAGGUAACGCAACAUUACCAAUUGUAUCAAACAUACACUCAUACACUAAUAUUGUUUGUGUAUUGAAAAUAUCAUUAGAAUAAUUUUUUUUUUUUUGUAAUUUUCGGUGAUCGCAUAUUUAUCAAAAAAAAAAGUCAUUUUGGAGAGAGAAAAAUUUAUAAAAAUUAUUUUAUUGUUUUGUUAUUGAAUUUUAUAAAUUUGAUUUUAUUUUUAAAAUAAAAAUAAUCACUUGUGUGUAGUAUAGAAGCAUUUGAUUUUUUAAAUAAAAAUUUGUGACAUAAAGAAAUUUUUAAUAAUAAUUUUGAACAAUUUUUUAAUUAAUAAUUAUUCUGUUGUGCACCAUCUUUCAUAUUAAUUUACUGAAAAUUCUUUUAAUAUUUAAAAUAAAUAUUGUAAUUUUAUAAUUUAUGAUUAGUGAUCAGUUUUGGUGAUUAACUUUUUGAGUAAACAGUGAAAAUAAUAUUAAAAUACUUCUAAACUACAAACUUGUGUAAAUUCAUUAUUCUUUAUUAAAUUGUAUAGUAGAGUAACAGAGAAAGAAUAAUAAUAAUAUUAAUAAUAAGUACUAAAAAAAAAAAAUUGGAACUUUAAAUAUUUUGGUCGAAAAUACGACGGCAUUUCUUUCAAAAUUUUAAAAAUUUUUAUUGGGGCGGACGCUAAUUCUCACCAAAAAAACAUCUAAAAUUAGAAAGUGUCUACAAACAUACUUUUACAGUUAAUUCCAAAAUACAAUAUUAAUUUUAUUCCGUUAUAAUUGGAACUACGAUAAGAGACACUCACUUAGAAUACAAGAGAAUUUUAGGAACAUACAGAAGAACGUACGAAUAAAAAUUCACCUGAUCCUAUUAAAAUUAUUACAAAAUUCUACUUUUAUUCAAUAAAUAUUUUUUAAUAUCAAUAUUAUUAUAAAAAUAGAAAGAGAAAAAAAAUUAAAAUAAUACAAAACCAAAAUAAAUAAAUAAAAAAGUAAAUAUUUAAGAAGUUUUGAAAAAAUCAACAUCAUUGCAAAAAAAUAAAUAGAAAAUAUAUUCAAAAUACAUAGAAAUAACUACAUAUAUAACAUUAAUUCACAAUAGAACCCAAAAAAGAUAGUGAAUCACAAGUUUUUAAAAUGUAAACAUUGAAAAUAAUAAAAUAAAAUUGAGAAAACAACAAUAAUUCUUUAACAAAACACAAAACAGAAAAAAAAGAGGAAUUUCUAACAAGCAAAUAAAAAUAUUAAAAAGCAAAAACCAAAACAAUAAUAUUAAAAUUAUUGAAAGAAAGAGAUAAAAUAUUUGAUAGUAAACAAAACAAAAAAACAAAAAAUAAAAUUAAAUAAUAAAAAAUUUUAAAAACAAUAACAGUGCGCAUGUCAUACUUCUCUCUAUCUCUCUCUCUCUCUCUCGCUAAAAUUUUAAUAUUUUUGUCAAUUCACAAUAGUUUAUAUUAAUUAGAGAAAAACUGAGAGAGAAAAAAUAAAUAACAAAAAAAAAAUUUUAAAACUAAAACUUUUCAAUAUAAAAUUCGAAUUCGAAAAAUCUUUAUAGUUUUUGUUGUGUUUAUUAAAUAAUAUUGUAUUUAUGCACGUGCUAUAAUUUUGUGCACAUGUAAACCAAUACAAAUAAAUUAAAAUAAAUUCUUAUAUGAAUCUAUAAUAGUGAUAUCAUCAUAUCUCACACACUAUAUACAUACUUGCAAACACACAUAAAUAAAUUGAAAGCAAUAAAAAUUUAACAACAAUAUAAAAAUAAUAAUCAGACAUUUUCGAAUAUCAAAAAGAAAAAAAAUAAUAAAUUGAAGAAGAAGAAAAAAAAUAUAACAAACAUAAUAAUUGAUGACGUAAACACACACAUUCUCCUCCUUUACACAAUUUUCGUAAUAUAGAGAGAAAAGCUUUUUAUUAAGCUCAAUAAUAUUUUUAAAAUUACAACAAAAAAAAAUCUCGUUUAUUCUGUCUUGUUUUUUUUUUUGUUUGUUUCAAUUUUUUUUUCUUUUUUGCAAAUAUUUUUCAAGUUCAUUUCGUCAUUACAUGGCAUUCUGUCUGUCAUACACACACGUUCUAUUUAUUUUUUAGUAUUCAAGAUUUUUUAAAUUUAAUCAAAACUUUAAAAGAAUAUAAGAGAAAUAUUGAAAAAAAGAAGAACAAGAAAAAACAAAAAGUAAAAUUAAAUAAAAAUAUUUGUUUUUUAAUUGAAAUUAGAGUGAAAAAGAUAGACUUAAAACUGAAUACAUUGAAAAAGAAUUAAAAAUACAAUUUAAAUAGGAAUAAUAUAAAAAAAAGAGGUAGACUAUACACACAAACAUACAUAGAUACAGAUAUAAUUUAUAUUUGUAAUUAUUUAUGCAAACAAAAUAAAAGUUAAAAAUUUCGUAAUUGCAAAUGUAUGAAAGUUUACGAUAUACGAAGAAUGAAAGUUAAAUAAAAAUCGAAAUUUUUUUUAUAAAAUAUUUUCUCACUCUUUCUUACCAGACCGUCGUAUAUGUAUUAAAAGAGAGCCAGCCAUACAUUCAUAUUGAAUUUUAAUACGAGAAAUUUGGUUUAUAUUAAAACAUAACUCUUUAUCAGUUAAAAAAAAAAAAAAACAAUUUUAAAUAUAACAAAAGCAAAACAAAAAAAAAAAUAGAGUAUUUAAAAUAAAAUGUUGAAAAGGCUUUUAUAAAUCUUCGUACAAAUGAGUAGUGAUUUUGCUUUCAGUGAAACAACACCGUUACGUCAGAGUGAUUGUAGUAACGCAAUAUCAUCGACGACGGCAAUCGCGAUAGCUAAUUCACGUAAUUCAAAUAAUAUUACGUGUGAUAGCGAUAGUAACGGUAUUCGAAACGGUAAUAAUACAAAUACAAAUUCUAAUCCAUAUAAUAGAAGAAAUAAUAAUAAUAAUAUAAAUAAUAAUAAUAAUAAUAAUAAUAACAAUAAUAUAAAUAAUAAUAAUAAUAAUAAUAAUAAUUUAAUAAAUAGUGCAAAUAAUAUAACAACAUCGGGUAGUGCAAUAGGAAACGAAAUACCAACACCAACAACAACAACAACAAUUGGUACAACGGUACAAUUAGAAACUGGAUUAAAUUCAAAUCGUAACGGUUUUACAAAUCGGAUAUUACGUCGGAAUUUAAAUAAUAAUAAUAAAGAUAAAAUGGAUACAAAUCGUAAAUUGGUUAGGAAAAUUGCAAUGGAUUUUGUAUUAUUAUUAUGUGGUAAGGAAUCAUGGAAAUCUUAUAUUCGAAGAACGAUAUUUAAAACAAUAUCAAUAUUGAAUUUAUUUUUUUUUCCAACUGUAUUGAUUGGAUUACCAAUUUUGUGUUUUUUCCUAUUUGUUGAACCAUACAAACGAGGUUUCUUCUGUGAUGAUGAGUCCUUAAAACAUCCUUUCCAUGAUUCAACCGUUAAAAAUUAUAUGUUAUAUAUAAUUGGAUUAGUUUUACCAUUAUGUAUUAUUGUACCUAUGGAAUAUUUUCAUGGUAAAAACAAAUCAAUGCCAACUUAUAGAUUUAUGGACUUUGAUUUACCAUCAUGGAUUGUUGAAUCCUAUAAACAAGUUGGUAUAUUUGCAUUUGGUGCCGGUUCACAGCAAUUAGUUGUAGAUAUUGCAAAAUAUUCAGUUGGAAGAUUAAGGCCUCAUUUUAUUGAUGUAUGCCAACCAAUUAUGCCAGAUGGUACAAGAUGUGAUGAUCCAAUUAAUUUAGGACGUUAUAUAGAAGAUUUUACAUGUGAGGCACAUAAUUCAACACCAAGAAUGAUAAAAGAUAUGCGUUUAUCAUUUCCCAGUGGACAUGCUAGUUUUUCAGCAUUUACAAUGAUUUAUUGUAUUAUAUAUUUACAAGCUCGAAUGAAUUGGAGAGGUUCAAAAUUGCUCAAACAUUUCUUACAAUUAUUAUUAUUCUCAAUAACAUGGUUUACAGCAUUAAGUCGUAUAUCAGAUUAUAAACAUCAUUGGUCAGAUGUUUUAGCUGGUGGUGUUAUUGGUAUUGUUUUUGCACUUGUGGUGUCCCAGUGUGUUGCCGAUUUUCGUGAUACAGUACUACAAUUACCAAGAACACAACAUGAUAUAACAGCAAAUAAUAUAAAUACAACAUCAUCACGUCAACAACACCACAACAACACAAAUCAUCAGCAACAAAAUAAUCAUCAAAAUUCUGGCCAAAAUGGUCAUAAUAACUAUACUUAAAAUUAAAUUUAAAUUUUAUUAAUUAAAAAACAAAAAAAAAUUUUUAUUAAAAUUUCAAAAUUUUUUAUUAUUAGCUUUCUUUUUUUUUUUAAUAAAAAUACAAAAAAAAAAAAAUAUUUUUAAAUUUUUAAUUAUUAAAUUUUUUUUUUUUUAAUCUAAUUUAUAAAUAUUUAUAUUUUUCAAAUUUAAUUUAUUUAAAAUAUUAAACUAAAAUGAAAAUAAUGCAAAAAAAAAAAGAAAAACAAAUUAAAUUAUUAAAUAUAUAGUUAGAUUAUAUUUUUUAUAUAUAUAUGUAAAAAAAAAAUAAAAAAAAAAUAGAAGCAUUGAUAAUAAUUAAUUAAUUGAUUAAUUUUUUUAAUUCGUUGUCUUCCAAAAAUUACUUUUUAUAAUUAUAAAAAAAAAAAAUUAAAAAUUAAAAUUUAAAUAAAAAAAAAAUUCAAAAAAAAAAAAAAAUUCUUAUAUAAUUUUUAAGUCCUUUUCGAAGCUAAACAAUAUUGUUGUUGUUGAAAAAUAUUGCGUGUAAUUUUUUCAUUUUUUUUUUUUUUAUUUUUCUCUUAAUAAAAAUUAUUGUUAUUGUUUUUUGCGUAAAGUGCUUUUACAAUGAAAAAAAGGAUAAUAAAAGAUAAUAAAAAAAAAAAAUUCAGACUAUUUAAGAAUACUUAAAAAUUAACCUAUUCAUCUCUACAUAUCAAAGAUAACAGGUGAUUUUAACACUUUAAGGCAUGCGUGUAACAUUAUUCCGUAUGCAUAUAGAUUUGUUUUACAUUUUUAAAAUAAACAAGAGUCGUCGUAAAAGUAAAUGAACAGCAUGAGUGGAAUAUUAAACUUUAAACAUUUUUAAUACUAAGAAAAAUUUUACUGUCUUGAAAGUGCGCUGUUACAUAUUAUUUAUUAAAAGUUAAACAAAACGGGAGAGCGCAAAUUUGUCUCAAAAAGAGAAUUUUUAGUAUAUACGUUAAA